UAAUGAAAUAAGCUACGAUUUUUUUGUCUGCUGCUUGUCCUUCAACAGAUGUACAUUUGGCACGUGUGAUGUCAGCCAUUAAGGUAGCCAAACCAGACACUGAAUUCCGUUUUGUUGGUAUUGGAGGUCCUUAAAUGGGUCAUGAAGGAUUAGAAACAAUUGGAGUAGAUUAUCAUGAAUUCCAAUACAAACCAUUCUUUCCAUUCAGAAAUUUCUAUAGAUUAGCGUACACUCUAUUGCUAAGUUAGUACUGAGAAUGCAAUGCAUCCAGUCCAUAUGUACAAGAGAUGGAUCAAUAAAAAAGUUUUGAAUAAACUUGAUAAGUAAUACUUUGAAAUUGUUUAACAUUAUCAACCAUCAGCAUUCUUGAAUUUUGAAAAUGAAUUCUUCAUGAUUCAAUUCUAUAAGAAAUUAAGAGAGUCCUAUCGUCAUUUCAAUCGAAUUUGUCCUCCUACAUUCCAAUAUGGUUUAACACAUAAAGAUUAACCUCAAUAUGGUUAAAAGUAUGUAGAUCAUUGGUUCACAAGAACUCCAAUGAAACAAGUAUAAUAUCAUAAUUAUUUAAUUAAAGAGUAAUUGGGAAAAAUUUACAUUCCCUCAUACAUAAGUUGGACCAGAUGGACUUUAUAGAGCAUUUAGACAUCUUCUAUCAAACAGUCCUUAAUAUAAAGAUUUAGUCUAAAAUGAUACUAUUUAUCUUCCAGGAGGUGAAUUCUUUAGAUUUGAUGAUUUCCUUGCAGAUAGAAUCAAUGAAUAAAGAAAGAAAUAUAGAUAAUAAUAAAAUAUUGGAGAUUAGGAAUUAUUAAUAUUUGUUGCAGGUGGUAAUACAUCUAAAGAAAUACCAUUCUGUCUUAAAACUGCUGCUGAAGGUAUUUCAAGAUUCCUCAAACUUGAUGAAAUGAAGAAUUAUCCAUCUGAUUAAAUUAAAAUCAUAGUAUCAGUUCCUGAAUUUGUUGAACACAAGGAUCGAACAAUCAAAGUUAUCAAUUCUAUUAAAUGGCCAGCUAAAGUCAUUCAAGUUUAAACUGAAUCUGAAAAAUUCUCAGCCCUUGCUGCUUCAGAUAUUGGUUUAGCAUGUAAUGGAUAAAUAGUUGCUGAAUGUGCUGCCUUCUAAUUACCAACUGUAAUUAAUUCUUUAUCUAUAUAUUUUUUAGAUUAUCCUCGAUCCUAAACCUACUAUUUAAAUGUAUUACACAUCCCUCUACAAUGGCAUUGAUAAUGACUUAAAUAUAGCAUAUAAUGGAAUUGUAUAUCCGUAAUUAUUAUCUUUUUAUAUCUAACUAGAGAAUUAGUCAUGUCCACAAUUCCAAAUAAAAUUGCUUACUCCUUAUUAGAACAUUAUUAAGAUCCAAAACUUAGAUAUUUUUAUGCAAAAUAAUAUGCUCCUAUCUUAUAAAAAACCUUAGCCUUAAGUUAAAACUCUGUUCCUACAGAAUUAGUAUCUUAUUGAUUUUAUCAUUUUAGGCAAAUAGAUUCAAUAGUGUCUAAUUAACUGGGUACAGUUCUGCCUAUCAAGUAAUUGCCAAUACAGUCUUGAAAGCUGCUUAAGUAUAUGAUCACAUUCACUCAUAAAGUAAUUUUACUACUUAGUAAAAUGAAAACUUAAGAAUUGAAGCUAUGUAAAGUUUGGGAUGGGCUAAAGGAUUAUGAA